AUGAGGAAGCCGAAGCCACCUCCUGAUCAUGAUCAUCCACAACCUCCCUCAAGAAACCGCAUCCAACCAAAUCACAACACUUUGUCAGCUGAUCCCCAUGUACGCCAGGCUCUCUAUAUAGCCAUGGCACAUGCUAGCAUUGCCCUCACAAUAUUCAUUCUUUAUGCUGUUGGUAAAUUGCUUCAAGAUUAUUUGAGGCCUCUCUUAUGGGCUGUCCUUUGUUCGAUACCUUUGAGGGGAAUUCAGCAUGCUCUUCUUGCAUUCUGGUCCGAACCUCUAAAACUAGGCCUCACAGAGACCAUAUUAGCCGUCCCCGUAGCUGUAUUCAGGGUUUCGGUUGGAACUCUUGUUGAGAUUAAGGAUAUGAUAUACAGAGUUGUUCAUAGGAGGGAGAAACAACAUAACGCUUUAAGGCGUCAUAGAAGUGGAUUUUUUAUAUUGUUGAGAUGGCUCGUGUCGUUUUGGGUGUUUGUGAUUACAUGUGAGCAGAUUGGUGGUGUUGGAUCAGUAGCUCUUCUUGCAUUUGGAUUCAUGUUCACAGCUAAUAGUGUGGACUCUACUAUCAAUGCUGUGACAUCUCUUAGAAGUCAGAGCUUUCGGAGACUCCCUAUAACUGCUUUCUUUACUCGAGGGAUAUUGAAAAAAUUGAAAACCAUUGUGGCUAUCGGAUUGAUUGUUGGAUUGAUUCUUGGAUCGUUGGCAGGUAUGAUUUUCUUCUCUUACAAAAUUGGAGUCGAGGGGAAAGAUGCAGUUUUCGCGUUGAAAUCCCAUGUAGAGGAGAGCAAUUAUGCUGAGAAAAUUGGUAUAAGGAAAUGGAUUGAUGAACAUGAUGUCCCGGAAAUGGUUAAUAAGUACAGUAAUCAGUUGUGCCAGACUGUACUUGAUCAGAUAGAUAGCUAUGCUAUGCAAUAUAAUAUGACUGAGUUUGUUUCGGGUAUCAAGCAAUUUGUUAUAACCCCCGCGAAUAACUCUUCUGAACGGUCCACAGCUUUGGCAUCCCGCUCUCCAUAUACUAAGAAGAUCCUGAGCCUAAAAAGGAGAAUUAAGGAUCUUGAAUGGGGGCAAAUAUACACAGAAGUUGAUGCAAUUUUUCGGGAAUUGUUGAUCACUAGAGUGGACUUAGUUGAAAAGGCGAAAGGAUUUGCUCAACGUGUACUUGUUAGUAGCAAAUCCGUUUUAGGUGGUAGUGUGAAGGUUAUAUUCUUGAUCGGGAACUCCAUAGUAUCAGGAGCUGCAGGGCUUUUCAAUUUCGUGUCUCAGUCGAUAUUAUUUUUUUGGGUACUUUAUUAUCUUAUCACAACAGAAUCUGGUGGAGUAACAGAACAUGUUAUAUGUAUGCUUCCCAUUUCGCGUUCUGCAAGGACUCGUUUUAUUGAGGUUCUUGAUAAAGCUAUUUUUGGAGUUCUUUUAGCAACUGCUGAGAUUGCCUUCUUUCAAGGAUGCUUAACUUGGCUCUUGUUCAGAUUAUCUUCGAUACAUUUUUUGUACAUGUCAACUGUCCUUGCUUUCGUUAGUCCUUUGUUUCCUAUAUUCCCCUCAUUGGUUUCGACUAUCCCAGCAGCUUUACAGUUGGUUCUUGAAGGUCAAUAUAUGCUGGCCAUUAGCUUAUCCAUUAUUCAUCUUGUGCUUAUGGAUUUCGGUGCAUCUGAAAUUCAAGAGGAUUUCCCCGGCUAUAGUGCAUACCUCACCGGUCUCAGCAUUAUUGGUGGCGUGACAUUGUUUCCUUCAGCAGUUGAGGGAGCGAUAAUGGGGCCAUUAAUAACAACGGUUCUUAUUGCAAUCAAAGAUUUGUACGUUGAGUUCGUUUUGGAAGGACAAGAGGAAUAAGUAUAACAAAUAUAAGUUUUUAAUGCCUGGUGUGAUCCUCAG